UCUGGACUUUACCAAAAUAAUUUUCAGAUUUUUACAAAAUGGCUGAACUAUAAAGACGUGUACUAAGAAAAAUUAUUAAAAUGGAGCUAAUAAACGACUACUUUUCUCAAGAAAACAAAACUGUGUGUUAUUCAGAAGAUACAUAUUACGGUGAUACAGUGUGUAACGUGAUUAACGGAGUGAUUUGUGUCUAUCCUAGUCCUUGGAUAUCGGACGAAGAAACAUUGGACAUAAAGUGUAGAAUAAAGCCUUCUCCUAAUAUAUUUAGACCCAGAGAUAGAGACUUUAAUAUGUACGCGUGAGUGUAAAAUGGCUUAGCAUCCUCUUUGGACCUGUAAAAAUAGUGUAAAAUUGUAAAAAUGCAUAGUUUUAAUGAUACGCGUCAAAGACGCAAUCUCUUGGAUUUUAACGGAUUUGCUCCGAUACAUUUUCCGCUUACAAGUUAUUCAACAGACUCCCGAACGAACUCCAAGGACGAAAUGAAGCAUACAUACGGGGAUACCUUAUUUUUUAACAAUCUCCACCUGAUUCCCGAUCCACUUAAGAAAAAUUUGGCAGAUUCUGUUAUAACUGGUGAGGAAAAAAAGGUACCUAACAUGGUCGAGACAAAGGAAACGGAAAGGCCUCAAAGGCCGGACUAUUAUCCAACUCUGGCGGGUAUAACUAGUUUCUUUUCUGGCGUUCUCAAUGUAAUGGGAGCGAUAUUCCAGAAGCGUACGACCUCGCCAACCUCUCAGUACUACGAUUGUUUCGAAGACUAUAACGACCAGCAGAUGGCGCCGUCACCCUGGCAGAGUUCCAACAUUGAGGUUCAAAAUAAAAAUGAGCGGGAUCUGUUCAAUUUUGCCACUAACAAUGAAGUAAAUGCAAAUUUGGAAGUAGAAAUGAGCACAGAUUGUAGAUUAGCUGCCAGUCAUUGUGAGGAAAAGUUAAAUCAGGUUCGAUUGCUAUUAACUAAUAAAAACAACAGAAAUGAACAACCCUCAAAGUUUCGUUUGAAUCGACCACGGAAGGCUUUUAUUGAGGCAGGCUCAGUGGAAGAGUCAUUUGAAGAUGCCUUCACCCCAGAAGAUGUCACCUGUCUUGCUGACAAUACGUACAUUGAAUAUUAUAGUCCUUGUAAUCAUCAUAAUGAAGAAUAUAUUCAUGCAGAGGCCCCAAAAGUUAAGAUUGAAAGGUGUGUUAAAGAACCCACAGAUAUUGUCUACAGUUUACCCGCUGAAAACAAUAAAAAAAAUGAUCUAAAUGAGCAAUCUGUGUUAAAUGAUAGUAGUUUUGUAAAUACUGAAGAAGUAGUCUCCUCUUGUGAGGAGAAAUUAAGUAAACUAAAGGCGCUGUUAAAAUCAAAAGGUAAAAAAGUUGUCAAUAAUGAACCAGAAGCAACUCGACAAGCACCUGAAAUUACAAAUCCGAUUCCAAUACCAGUUCACAAUUCAGAGAAAUCAGAAAUUCAUAAAGAUUUCCCUAACGAAACUGUGUUUGGCAAUGAAAUAAAUUCAACAGAGCUACACAGUUCACAAGACAGUGACUAUUUUAAUGAAGUGACUGGCAAAUUUUUCUCUUCAUCAUUAGAAAGUGAAGAUUCAUUUCAAAUUGUUUUCUCUGAUAGCCCUCCCAAUUGUAGACGGAGGAUCCCAUCGGAAUGUGAUUCGGAGGACUCAUUUAUUGUGUUUGAGGAAUCACCCGAGAGUUGCUAUACAUCUCAUGAUGUAUUUGGAGAAGACAUUGGCGAGGUGAUCCAUUCAGACUUCGAUUCAGAUAUCGAAGAGGAUUCUGGUAUCACCUGCAAGUUGGCUCAUAAUUUGUCACGGACUUUUGGUGAUUUGACAGAUGAUAGUUUGUAUAGUCAAGAUGUUGUGGACAGUGUGCAAGUAUGCAAUGAGGUGAUUAACGAUAAAGUGAAUGAAAUAAACGUGAUACAAGAUGAGGAAAGAGAAGACAAGAAAUGUGGUCUGUUGCUGAAUGAGAGGAGAAAAGCAGAGAAACGAAAGUUGCCACCUAAAAAGGUCACCUUCUCCUCACAACCACCAAAGGUCCACGUGAUGAGGGUCUGGGCCUUCGCCGCGAGACAAGCGAGAGCCGGCCACUGGGAGAGACACGCUCUAGACAGAGAGCGGUUCAAGAGGAGAAUAGCAGAUGUCGAAAUGGCAAUAUCAUGGGUGUUCAAACGCCAGCAUCGUACGCGUAUAGUGUUUCAACGAUUCAGACCGUGGUGGAACGCAGAACGACGGAGGGAACUUGCCGAAAAGAAAGAGAAAGAAGAAAAGGAAAAGGAACGAAAGAAGGAAGAAGAGAGUAUCGCACGAGAAGUAGAAGAUAACGUAGUAAACGAAACUGAAGAUCUUAUUGAUAACACUGAUAUAAAAACUGUAAGCACUGUUAAUAAAGAUGUAGGUACUAAAGAAAAUGCUAUUCAAAACGGAACAAAUGAACUGAAUAUUGAUUGCAAUGGUCUUGCAGAGGAUGAUCAAUCAAUGAAAUGUAAUGGAAUAAUAAUAUACGAAUCAAGUCCUAAUAAUGGUUCGGGUAAAUCAAGAGAUACUGAGAACACUGAAAUAUCAAAGCCCUUAGAAACCGUUUCCGAUAACAAUAAUUAUUUUGAACAAUACUGGGACCACUCAAAUUUUGAAACCAAUAACUCCAAUAAUGAUGAAUUACACAAUGAUUCAAUUGUAAAAACAACCGGAAUAAAUGAGUCUGUUAAAAUUGCUACCACAGACGACAAAUCAAAUAUAAUUCGCGAUAUACAAAUAAAAGAGGCAAGCGUCGAUACAUGACGAUAUGUUUACGAAAUUGGAUAGGGAAGUCCAUACACCAGGAUAAUAUUUACUAGGAUAUUGAUUAGAUGCUACUAAACGGAUUUUGGUAGGUGAUCAUUGAGAGAGGAAAAGUUCUAAUAAAAUCAAUAAGUGCUACAAAAGGAUGACACAGAAGAUGCCCAUAUAAGAUCUUAUAUUUUCUCCUUACAUUCAGGGAAACAGAGAAUAAAAAGGGAAAUUCUGAGAAUUGAAAACCUGAUCUUGUUAUAUAUAUAACGAGUAUUAUUUAUCUAUCAUACAGUAGAUUAUACCCGGCAGGAAAGAUGUUUAGUUUAGAAAGAGAUAAUAGACAGCUUCUCUUUCAUUGGGACUGACAAGUGACCGACAAAACAAGUACGAGUGACAGAGAGAACGCUCUAGAAAGCCGAAACUGACGAUUAUCUCUUUCUGAAGUUCGAUGAUAUAACCUGUCUGGUACUGUACCUGUAUUGAGCUGCGUUUAUAACAAUGUAUUCGUCUUUAUCAUCUUGUACUGUUUCUCUUUGUAGUAUUUUGUCGAUGUUGUUUCUGAAUAUUUUCAAUAUUAAUUAUAUAUUUGUUACACUAAAUAUAUCUGCAAGUUUCCGUGUUUUACA